AUGAGAGUAGUCGAAUUUUUAAAAGAUUUUGACAUUUUCUCUGAGUCAAUUUAGUUUAACGCUAAUAGAUAAAGGUUAAGAAAAAGAACUUUAUUAGGUACAAUUUUAACUGUAUCAAUUAUCUUAAUAACUUUGAUUUACUUUAUAUAUUAAUCCUACCAAUAUUUCUCUGGAUAGAUGGAUCCAAAAUUCAGGUAAUAAACUUUCAUUUCUGAUUCAAUUAAAAUUGAUUUAAACAAUGAAAUGUUUGGCUUUGAUUUUUUCUCUGUUUAUUAAGGAUAAUACUUAAAUUAAUUACAGUCCCAAUAAAAUAAAACAUAUAUUGUUUUUAAAGCAAAAUUUAUAGCUACUAAUUCUAAUAGUAGUAUCAAUAAUUUAAAUGUACCUUUAGAUAUAAUAAAAUGCUAAAGGUAAGAAUUGUAAGGAAUGAACUGCUUUGAUUUUAGUAAAUUACCUAAUCCUUAACUAGUUCUAAAAGACCAUCAAAGUAUUUUUUCUUAUAUAAUAUUACUUGCUUAUAAAUGCUAAGAUGUUGAUUAUGUUAAAACUGAAAUUCCAGACAAUUGUGCUGAUGAAUAAGCAAUAAAUGAAUUAAUUAAUAUUUCUCCCUUUAAGUUUUAAAUAAAAACAUAAAUUUCUUAAUAUAAUAUAACUGCAAAUCAAAUUUAAUAGUAAUAUCAGAAUUAAGUGUUAAUUAACACUGCUAAUACUUUCACGUAUAAUGAGUUAAAAAUUCAAAACUAAGUUACUUCAGUUUAGUAAGGUCUGAUAGUUUAAGAUUAACAAACCUUUUCAUCCCCAUUAUCAUAAUCACUAAUCACUUAUACCUAUGAUCGUAGCUCUAUUAUAUAAGACACUGGUCUUAAAUGUAUAAGUUAAAUUGUAAUUGAUGCAGAUGAAAGCUAAGCCUACUUUCACAUACAAUUUCCAAUCUUUACAGAGGUUUUAGCACUUUGCAAUAGCACAUUAGCAAUGUUAUUGCUUUUAGGGUCAUUUUGUAGGAAAUUAGCAUAAAACUUUAUCAGAAGAGACAUGUUUUUUAUCUUAAUGAAGGACUUCUUUUCAGGAAUAUAUUUACAGAUCAUAUAGCAUAAUAAAAUUAUUAAUGUCAAUAAUGAAACUUAAUAAAAUGAAAUUGUUCUUAAUGGAUAAGAUGAAGAAAAAUUAAAUAAAAAUUAUGAUGAAGAACAUAAAAAAAAUAUAUUUAUUCCAUCUCUAACUCCAAAAUCUAGCAAAAAAUCAUUUUAAUAAUAGCAGUUAUGUGAUUCAUAAAAUACAUGUUAAGACUAAGUAUUAGAAGAAUUACAAACUUAAAUUUAAAAACCAGAUGAUUUUUUAGAAUCAUUAAGAAUUAAUUAAGACAACAUAAUAAACAAGUAAACCAACAUUGAUAAAUAAUCAGAUUAUUAGGUUAGACUAAACUUAAAUAAGUCUGAUCAAAGUGAAAAAAAAUAUGCACAAAGUUUAUUUAGAAAUAUUUAGUAAUAAUAAUAGCAACAACAAUAAUUCUAAUUAUUUACGAAAGACUCUAGUAAAAAAUUUGCAAACAGCGGAUCUAUAACCUCUAAACGCUUAAAUAGAUAAAAUUAGACUAGUUAAUCAAAUUAACUAGAAACUUAAGAAAGAGAGACUAAGAAUAUUAAAAAAUAUAAUGAGCAAAUAAAUAAAAUUUUUUCAAAUUUGUAUGAUAAAUCAGUUCAUCUAAAACUCGAAUAGAUGCUCUGUUAAUUUAAGUUGUGUAAGAAAAAAGAGUUUUUACAAUCUAAAGGACUGAAAUAAUAGACUAUGAGUGAAGUUGAGUAACGGAUAGAUGAAAGUUUAGAUUAUUAUGCCUUUUAUAAAGAAAUUUUGUUAAUAAAGAAAGCUAUUAUGAUUAUUUUAAGUAAAUAAUAACUUGCAGCAUUAUAAGUAAUUGGAAAUGAUAUUGAAAAACAAAGCAAAUAUUAGGAAAACUCAAAGAUGAAUUAUUUAUCAGAGGAAGCAACUGAAAAUCAUUUCUCAGAGCAAUAUGAAAUACUAUAAUCAAAAGAAUUAUAAUUAUAAUAUAUUGAUGAUUUCUUAAAAAAAUGUGAGUAUAAUAGAUCAAAUUUGGAUAAUAUUGACAAAAGAAUAUUAUCUUCCUUAUUAAUUUAUUAGUAAAAUUGA